AGCUGAUUUUCUAGACAACAUGCCUUUGCGAAGUUCUGGCAAGCUGAGCAUGGAGACCAGAAAAGAUGGUGAGAGUACGGCACCUGCCCCUCCGCAGAAGAAGCUGUCCUGUCAGUGCCACCACCACUGCCCUGAGGACUCAGUCAACAGCACCUGCAGCACUGAUGGCUACUGCUUCACUAUAAUAGAAGAAGAUGAGUCUGGUGGACAUUUAGUCACCAAGGGAUGUCUUGGAUUAGAGGGCUCAGACUUCCAGUGCCGGGACACUCCUAUUCCACACCAAAGAAGAUCUAUUGAAUGUUGUACAGGCCAAGAUUACUGUAACAAACACCUUCACCCUACACUGCCACCACUGAAGAAUCGAGACUUUGCUGAAGCAAACAUCCACCAUAAGGCCCUGCUGAUCUCAGUGACUGUUUGCAGUAUACUUCUGGUGCUUAUCAUCAUAUUCUGCUACUUCAGGUACAAACGCCAAGAGACGAGGCACCACUACAGCAUUGGGCUGGAGCAGGACGAGACCUACAUUCCCCCUGGAGAGUCCCUGAAGGAUUUGAUCGAGCAGUCCCAGAGCUCAGGGAGCGGCUCUGGGCUCCCUCUCCUGGUUCAAAGGACCAUCGCAAAACAGAUUCAAAUGGUAAAGCAGAUUGGAAAAGGUCGCUAUGGAGAAGUCUGGAUGGGAAAGUGGCGUGGUGAAAAGGUAGCCGUGAAAGUGUUUUUUACCACAGAGGAGGCCAGCUGGUUCAGAGAAACAGAAAUCUACCAGACUGUCCUGAUGAGACAUGAAAAUAUUCUUGGAUUCAUUGCUGCAGACAUUAAAGGUACAGGAUCUUGGACCCAGCUGUAUCUUAUCACUGACUACCACGAGAAUGGCUCACUCUAUGAUUAUCUAAAAUCUACUACCUUGGACACAAAAGCCAUGCUGAAACUGGCUUACUCCUCUGUUAGUGGUUUGUGCCACUUGCACACUGAGAUCUUCAGUACUCAGGGCAAACCUGCUAUUGCCCAUCGUGACCUGAAAAGUAAGAAUAUCCUGGUGAAAAAGAAUGGCACCUGCUGUAUAGCAGAUUUGGGCUUGGCUGUUAAAUUUAUCAGUGAUACAAAUGAGGUAGACAUCCCUCCAAAUACCCGAGUAGGAACAAAACGUUAUAUGCCUCCUGAGGUGCUGGAUGAAAGCUUGAAUAGAAAUCACUUUCAGUCGUAUAUCAUGGCUGAUAUGUACAGCUUUGGACUCAUCCUCUGGGAGAUAGCAAGGAGAUGUGUUUCAGGAGGAAUAGUAGAGGAAUAUCAGCUUCCCUACCACGACCUUGUGCCCAGCGACCCCUCGUAUGAGGACAUGCGGGAGAUUGUGUGCAUCAAGAGACUACGCCCCUCAUUUCCCAACAGAUGGAGCAGUGAUGAGUGCUUGCGGCAGAUGGGGAAGCUGAUGAUGGAGUGCUGGGCUCACAACCCUGCCUCCCGGCUCACAGCCCUGCGGGUCAAGAAAACACUUGCCAAAAUGUCAGAGUCGCAGGACAUUAAGCUCUGACUCUGCCAGAGGCAGCUCUCGUGGAGGCCCAUGGAAACGGACUUUUCUUGUGCAGGCAGAAGUCCUGAAGAGGUAUCAAAAGUCUUCACUAAUAAGUACCUUGAGCAGAAUCGUGCUUAAGAACAGCUGUAAGUUUUGAAGAGACUAUCCUUUGCAAAAAUCACCUGAAUUUUGACAUAUGAGAUCGAAAGAGGCUUGUCUGCCCUUGUUUACAUGGGGAAAUACAGUUUUAGUAACUGGUUUAAGGUUAUGCAUGUUGCUUUCCAUGAAAGCCACUUAUUAUUUUAUUAUUAUUAUUGUUAUUAUUAUUAUUUUGAUUGUUUAAAAAAGAUACUGCUUUAAAUUUUAUGAAAAUAAAACUUUUGGUUAGAAGUAAAAAAGAUGUAUAUUGUUACCUUAUAAAAAUUUGGAGGGAACUGCUGAAAAUGAAAGCAAA